AUGGCGGAUAGAAGAAGCUCUCCAGAUUACAAGGCUCUCUACCUAGAGGCUAUCGCUCGCACGCAGGAGAUCAACACUCGCACGCAGGAGAUCAACACUCGCACGCAGGAGAUCAACGCUCGCACGCAGAAGAUCAACGCUCGCACGCAGAAGAUUAAAGAUCGAACUCUAGAGGACGAAGCGCAACUGUCACAUACUAUCUUUGUAGGGCUCCUACGUCAUUGUUGCAGCCUCUCUCGUUCGUUGAAAGUCGAGAUACCUUCUCGCUCCACAGCCGGACAAAUACCUACACCCACGGGCAAAUACUGCCCGACUCGAUUAGAAUAUUGGACCGACUGCUCAAGACAACUCUCGGAAAUUAACAGCUCCGUCUCCAGGUACUUUCACUCGGAGGACGGAGAAGCGCUUCGACUGUUCCCGUCAAUGAGUGAAUUAACCGGCAUAGGCCAACGCCUUGUUCGCGAUCCCCUCAGCAGCGAGCGGCAACUCGAGGCCUACGAGCGGUUUGCUGUGGAAGACCAUGUCCAAGACGUAAUCACCGAGUUGUGCAAACUCCCAGCCGCUCGAAUUGAGUUCGGCCUCGGUGAUGGGAUCCAAUUCAAAAGCCAUGCAAAUAUCUUGCAAGAGAACGAAGAAGCUACUGAGGGGGGUUACUCGCGGCCUGACCAAUUCUGUAUUCACCGUGUUGACGGCAUCACCACUUCUCCUCUUACCUCCAUUCAGUACAAGCCGCCUCAUAAACUUGCUGCUGCUGCCCUGCGCAUGAGUCUUCGGCCAAGAGACUUGUGGAAGGACAUGGUUAGGUCCACUGAAAUUCCCACAGACCAGGAAGCGCGGUUGAAGCGCAACGCAGAACGGCUGGCCUGCUCCGCUAUCGUUCAAGAGUACCAUGUGAUGAUUCAGGAGGGCCUGGAAUAUUCCUAUGUGACAAAUGGAAUAACCAGAGUUCUACUUCGUGUUCCGCGUGACAAGCCAAGCACGCUUUACUACUUUUGCUGUGAUCUGAACAGCGAAGUGGACUUAGAUAGGGAAUCUAUCUCAGAGCUAUCAAAGACCUCGAUCGCACAGGUGACAUGCCUUUAUUUAAUGGCCUUUCGUUCAUCUCUUCGAGACCAAGAAUGGAGGAACCGUGUGCGCCAGGAUAUUCCCAUUUGGCAGACAAGCUUUGAGCACAUACGUUCGCAGAUUUCGAAGGAAGAGUUACAGCAGAUUCUCCACUUCGAUGACACAGACCCUGGUUUUCCGGGUCCCGAGUCUGGCCCACUUUAUGAACCAUCACCACCACCACCGCCACUAUCUCCAUCAGAUGGAAACCAGGUGUAUCAAGUCAGCUGUGUACCCUCAGAUGUCCGACAACGCUCGCGGUCUCCAGAAUCUUCCGGCUCCGAUACAAAUCGAGAAAUUGGUCAGAAACGGAGAGAGAGUCAAGUCAUCCCGUCGCCGUCCGCGCAGUUCUGUACUCAAGGAUGCUUACACGGUUUGCAGUCUAGGGGUGGUUUGGACGACCUUUGCCCAAAUGUGGCGAAUCAUCGUAGGGGUCACGAUAACCUUACUCAACAUCUCAUAUCUUCACAGGACUUGCUAAACAAGUUAAAAGCCCAGCUCGACGAGAAUGUAGACCGUUGUAUACCCUAUGGCAGGUGUGGCUCGUACGGCGCCCCGUUCAAGCUCACCUGCAUGGAAUAUGGUUACACUGUAAUUGGCAAAGGUACUACGUCUGGGCUGUGGAACGAAGUCUCUCGCGAAGCGCAGGUUUAUCGGAUCCUCCGGAAGGCCCAGGGGUCCGCCGUCCCAAUUUUCCUAGGGUUGAUUGACUUGGCAAAAGUCUACUUCCUCCAUGGGGCCGGAGAGAUCCGUCACAUGCUGGUCAUGGGCUGGGGAGGGGAAUGUACAGGGACGAUGGAGCUCACGCAAGAGCUUCGCCGCGCCAUCCGCAAAUCCGACAAGGAAAUUCAGGCCCUGAGGAUAGUACAUGGGGAUCUCAGGCGAGACAAUGUUCUCUGGAAUGAAGAGCUCGGGCGUGCGUUGAUCAUUGACUUUCAUCGCUGUACUUUGAAAUCCAAGCCCACUCUGCAGCGGCCACGGGCGACGAAACGACCACAAUGUCGAGCAGACACAGAAGAUUCAAAACGUCUUCGUCCAUAAUGAGUUAGGUAGUGUGAUGCCGCUCAGAGACGAUCCACCGAUAUAAAUCAUAAACACAUUUGAGGCAUACCUCUCAGGAUAGAGAUCUCUUUCGUUAUCAUGGGAAUAUUGUGAAUAAGCUCAAUGCGUUAUAGUCAAUCAAUGAAAUGAAAUCUUGAGCUGACACAAGGCUUCAGCUAGAGUCAACCGGGCGUGAACAUUCUGAGUCGAUAUAUAUCGCAAUUUCUUACGCGUGCUAGAGAGCGCCGAGCUUGAUUUGAACAGUAUAAAAACGAUUUCUCGAAGGCCCAACAUACCUAAUCGGGUCAAAGAUAAUUUGUUAGACCAGAGAUGUUCGAGUCCUGUCUUCAGUGUUGUCCUCUGCGAAUGCAAAUGUCGGCAUGGAAGGACUUUUCCGAGUGACAAGAAUGGCAAGGGGUCAAAUGUCAAAGGGCAAAAAUUUCACAACAUUUCUAAUAUAGCUACGUGGUAUAAAUUGUAC